CAGGCGGAAAAUGGUGUCAAUGGCAAAGCGGAGCAGGGACUGUGCUGGACUGUCAAGGUUUUAGACGCAAGCAAAGAUGGCGAGAUCGUCAAAUUUACGAUUCAAACAAACACUGUGAGUGUACAAACUUCAGCUACAUGCGACGCCUUUUAAUCUCCUGCAAGCGCAUCCUGUUUAGCCAUGUUUGCAGCAAAUUAAGAUCAAUGCAAUCGAUAUUUCAGCAAUUUUGUUUGAGGGGGGAUACACAACUCAGCUCCGGUUUAGGUGGAAUUCAAUCAUCGUAGAAAUUGAAAGUUAUCUGAACUUUUCAGACCUCAUACAUUAAAUUUGCAUGUAAUCGUUAUUGCUUUCGUAUUUGCAUGUCAUUGUUUCGCAUCUUGUUUUACGCACGUACCACGGAGAUCUUUCCGCCCCCUCCCCCUCCCCUUUAGCCUCCAAAUCUUUAAUCCUUACUCUCGCCACUAUUCUUCACAUAUUGAGGCAUGGUGUUAGAAAGAAGAGGCUUUUUAUUCUUAAUUAUCAGUUUUUUUAUUCUCAUGGCCCUCAUUUUUCACUAAAUACUCCUAUUCUUAGGAGAAAUUAGAUUCUGAUCACCAUUGGCAGCUCACAGAGCAGUCCCUUGAAUGUACUAGUCCACCCCUUCAAUUGCAGGGUGGGUAGGGCUCUCUAAGCUGGUUUAAAUGCAUCUAGCUUUCGCAUAAAUUCCAGCAGAUGUUAUCAACCAGAGAAUAAAUGCCAUGUGAAUUCUGAAUUCACAGUUCCAGGUUGUUGUUGCCCUCUUGUUUCUAAUAUUCUCUGCAACUUGUUGACAGUGUUCUUGUUCACAGUUUUUCCAUAUAAAUUACUACUUAAUUUUCCAGUGAGAUUAUCCACCUUGAAAUGAUUUAUUCAUAAAACCCACAAGAAAAUAACUGCUUGUUAUUGUAAACUUGAUUAUUAGGCUUUAUGUUCAUAUUGAACAGCUUAACUCUGAAAUAAUUAUAGAGCAAAGCUGUUCUAUAUGGAUGGUCUAUAGCUAGUUCAAUAUUGAUUAUUAAUAUUGUUAGUGGUGCUCUCCAAGAUACUUCUAUACUUUUCUUCUAAUACUUUGUUUAAAAUACACUCCAGCAGAUCAAUAAGAAGUGUUUAUUUUUCCCUGUAAGAUUGCAUCUCAAAGGUAAUUGGCUUUCAGGCCACAGUGUUUCAGUCACAAUCAUGUCUUCUGUGUUUCAAGAAAAAACCAGACACUAUUUAUUAUCAGGAUUGGAAAAGUUAUUCAGUAAAAGAACAUUUAGUGUAAAAUCUCCAGUUUCUUCUUGGGGAGCUAGUUUGAGACCUUGGCCUUGUCCCUGGGCAAUCACUGUCUUUAGAGCUGACGGGUUAACAACCAUUUUGCUAUUUUAAUUUAUAGGGUGAAGGAACUGGAAGUGAAGAAGAAAAAGGAGUGAUAGUCCUUCGACAAUAUGAAGAUUUAGAAUGGCUGUAUCACUGUUUAAUGGCACACAAUAACAUUGAUGGAGUUGUUGUAAGUUAACUAACAGGUUAGGCUAGGCUGCACAUUCCCAACAUAAUGAUCAAUCAAGAAUUAUUUGAAUCGGUAUUGCUGUGUAAAAGGAUUCACUUAUGAGUUUCCCUAUCAAUGAUUUUCAAUCAAGCAGUUCUUCUAGUUCAGUUGACCUGUAGAAUGCUUUAGGUGAUUAAUAGUAUCAUUUUAUCCAUCUUUAGCAUUAGGUUCUGCACAGAUCACGUUUUCGUUGAUGUGGAACUCAUUUCUAGUGUGCACUAUUAAUAAUAUGAUGUUACCUUUUGUUGUCAUAUCCAGAUUCCUCCGUUACCUCCAAAGCCUGUCACUACAGUCAAUGCUGCUGAAGCCAGGUCAAAGAAACAGCUAGGUAGGAGAAGUCUGUGUUCCUCCGAAAGAAACACUCUAAAUACAGCCAAACAUGUGUGUAGCAGUCAUCCUUAGGAAAUGGCUAACCAACCUGUUAAUACUAGCUCAAAGAAUGUGUAAAUUUUUGUUUCCUAUUUUCAGGAAAAGAUGCAAAACACAUGGUGGCUGAUGAAUUUUCAAGGGACUGUCGUAAUCUUGAGAAGUAAGUUCAACAUGUCUUCAAUCUGGAGAUUUCCUUUCUUUUUCCCAGCCACCCCACCCCUGCCAUUACAGGUAGUCAGCCUAGCCCCUGUCCCCGAUUUAUUUUUGUAGUGGUACUUGCCUGGCAGUUUUUCUACAUGUACUUGUCCCAGGAAUCUGUGCAUAGCAUGUCUUACCCACCAUUUGACUUUUGGCCUCUUCACAUGCACGUGGCUAACCAAGCUGGCCUGGUCAGUGUUCGAUGAAAUUCGCCUUGGUUUCAUUUGAGAAAUUUCAGCCCGGUUUCUGAGAUGAGAAAAAGCCAAAGAUACUGGGGAUGAGUUUUGGCACCAAAUUUGCCGGGACACAAAACAAACAUGAUGAAACACAAAAAUUUUAAAUUUUGCACCUAUCAUAGCUUCGGGAACUCUUAAAGCUGUAUCAGUGCAGUUAAAUGGGUUGCUUAUGACGUGGAAAAUACAGCAGGAAAUGCAAGAUGAUGCCAUCCGGACCGCCAGAAUUCAUCCCACUUUCAUCCUGUUAAGCCGGCUGAAUUGUUCAUAUCAUGGCAAAAUUUCUAGCCCGCUUACCAAGAUCUUGGGAACCCAGCCAGCCCACCCUCUCAUAUGAACACAUUUAAAUUUUUACAAAGGAUUAAGAGGGAAGGUGAGAUCUCGGAAACCGGGCUUAUACGGUUCGUAUCUGUGAAAUGCUUAAUUUUUUUUUUUAAGUUCCUCCAGUUUUUAGGUUGCUUGUAUAAGUUACAUGUCUCACAGCCACAUGCAUUAUUCUCAUAUUUCUGUGGUAUUGUCCUUUAGAUUUUUACAACUUGUUAUUGCACACCCUGCCUUCUCAAAAGAUGAGGAUCUGCAAAAAUUUCUAAAAGAGGAAAAUGUGAGUUAUGACUUUGAAAGUAAUCAUUGUUGGUUUUGAGUCUUGUUGCAAUGAUUAUAUAUUCUGCACCUUUUUGUACCAUGGUAAAAUAAAUAUUUAUUACAAUUUAUUGACUGAACAUUCCAAGGGCAGCAGUUUCCUCCAUCUCUGAGAUGGCUUCUGUGGAGUAGGAGUGUGCAAAGAAAAUAGUGUCCAGUAGCCCAGGGCUAGUGGAUUUUGCUAUUAGGCUAGGGAAUUCUGUUAUUCACUUGCCCGAAGGCAAAUGAUUUGAAGGUUUUUGGGGGAUUUUAAUCACUGAAGAACAGUUAUCAAUCCUGCUCAUCAAAAAAAAAUUUUAGGCUAGUUGAAAUGACUUUUGGGUUGGUGCAUGCUACAAUCUCAGACAAAAACCUUGAAACACUUUGUAAAAUUCUACUCUCUUUCAUUUCCUCCCUCCCUUUUGCAAUGUGUUGUAGCCACGUAACUUUGCAAUCACAUCUCAACAUUGCAGAGGGAAAGGAGAAUGCGUGGGUGUUUCAAGGAUUUUUGGUGUGUAUUGUUACUGCAACUUGGGUGAAUAGCAAGCUGUAAAAGUGACUUUCUCUUCACUCCGAGUAGUUUGACUGUAUAUAUCCAAGGAAUUGUUUAGUUUGGGGAUCCAAUACUGCAUUUACUUAGUAGGACAACUUCUUAACUGAAGAUACAAACAAAUGACAAAACAUGAUUUAUGCUUUAAAAUAUAAUUCUAAGGAGUCUUUCAUGACUUGUUUUCUCUUAUUCUGGUGCAUGUAUGCUGGGCAUGUGUUGGACAAACCUUGGUAUGAAAAACAGUGUUUCAUUCCGGUUAAUCUUUUAUCACUGAAGAUUGUAUGAUAUAACGAGUAUGUGUAAUAUAUAUGUUGGGGGCUAGUUGGAUUGUCAUAAAGUGCAACUUAUUCAUCUCGAUAGCUUAUUGACUACAGUAGUUUAUACUCAUUUGUUUUUAAGAGUUGCAGUUCCUUUUAUGUUUAUGUAUGGUCAAUAACUUGUUCUUUUAAUAGCCUCCAGUUAGAACCAAAGUCAAGAAAGGUGUGAUGGAAAGUUUGUCCAAAUCUGUUAGUGACUUAAGGCAUCACAAUCACAAGGUAUGGUUAUUAUUCUUGACUUAAGUAAUAUUUCCAAUUUAUUUCCCGAAGUUAUCAGUGCCCGUGUACAUACUGCAUUAACAACCUCUUGAAGUUUCCUCAUUAAACAAUGUCAUUGUGUCAAAACAAAUCAGUCUGCCAAAAAUUAGCUUGAUCCUGCAAAAAAUGAAAGUCAACCUAAAAAGUCACAAGCGCCUUUUUUUACAGGAAACCCUUCAACUGGAAAAAAAGUCUGCGUCUGAAGUUGGCUUUUUAAGGAAAUUGGAAGUAUUAUGAAACUCACUUAUUUGUUGGUACUUGUCAUUAUUGUUUUAGGAUGUUGAUGAUGAAUUCCAGAAGAAAAGAGAUUUUGUGGAGCAAUACACACCUUUGACUAAAGAAACUUAUGGGGUGAGAAAAAAAUAUUAGUGUCCAAAUGAUAACAUCAGCAGUUUAAUUUAGGAAAAAUUAGCCAACCUCUGUUAGCGAAGUAGCUGAGUAGCUGAUUCUUUUCACCAUUGGCCUUUAUUUAUGUAACCUCCCAUGCAGACAUUGUUGGGUCUUUGUCAGGUGUUCCUACUUUCAUGACGAGAGGGGGGAGGGGGGUGGUUGGGGUAUGGAACAAAGCCCUAAGAACGUAUGGGUGGGAGGAUAGCACCUAUUGGAAGCACAAUAAUCCAGUUCUAUUCUCUUAUUUUGAAAGCAGAGGAAGAUUAAUGAGAAGAAAAAAUGUGAUCAGUUGGGUAAACACUGAGAAAAUGUCUGUAGUUUCUCGGCUGUCUCCCUUGGGUUCUUUCCUGCAUCUGUCCCCUUCUCAUUAUUGUCAUGCACCACAAUCCAAGAGAGUUUUAGCGUUUUUUCACCUUUGAAAACAUUCACGUACAAUAGCCUAGGGUACUUGCAUCUGUGUUCUUUUCCUCUCUAGUGAUAUUUUUACAGUUGGACUACACUCCAUUCGGUAACUGUCUGACUGGUUUUUGUAAAAGGCUCUUACAAAGCUUAUGGGGAAGACAAUUGUAUUGCAAUUGUUCUUUGGUAUGGUGGAUUUGUGCAAUCACCUAAUAACGUAACACAAUAGAUUGAAAAGACACUAACAAUACCCACACUGCAACACAAUGCCUAACCAACAAUGGUUUCCACAACACUAAGAAACACCCACUGAACGCACCCUAAUCUUGGUGUUCCUGUGGUACAAAGCCACAAAUUGUCGAGGUAUCGCAGGCGACUGCCGAUUAGCCGCCCCUACUAAUCAGGGGCAUCUCGUCCAGGAAACUGGACGCCUUCUGACUCGAUUUCGUUUCCAUGAAUGACGAACGCGGAUCUGUAAACAAUAAUUACCUCUAGUAAUUAGUCUUUGAACAAAGGUACAGGGUGUAUUUUCUUCAGUGGAUGUGAUUUUUAUCCCUGCUAUUUUCUCCACAAAUUUCUUCUUGUAGAACUUCAUCAAAAUGGUGCACAGUCAGCAACGUAAGUCAAAUGUAAUGAUUUUAAAACCCCAUUUAGUAGCUGGCAUCUGUGAGAGCUGUCAAUGAGCAAUGUUUAGACAUCCGAUUAAGCUCACGCAAUCAUUAAAACUCCUUUAAGUUGCUGGCAUCUGUAAGAGCUGCUGUCAAUGAGCAAUGCUUAGACAUCCGAUUAAGCUCACACCAUCAAUAAAACUCCUUUAAUUAGCUGGUAUCUGUAAGAGCUAUAAAUGAGCAAUGCUUAGACAUCCCAUUAAGCUUGCACCAUCAUAAGUAUUCCAAACUUUUUUAGCAUUCUAUAUUGUUAACUUAACGUAAAUUGUAAAAGUGUUACUAAGAGGAAUUUCAGUUCCUUUUGUUAAAUUAUUAAUGUUAGUUAAAAUAGUUGAGUAGCGCCGGAAAGUAAUAUCUACAUUUGCUGGGCGCUCAAAGUUUAGAUGUGACAACAACAUUGUGGAGAUGUUUUUAAAUUCAUUCAUAAGUUACUGAUGUCUACCGUGUGAUAAAUGUAGGUACCAGGGACGAAACGAAUAUAAAUAAACGGCAACUGGAAAUGGGACAAAAAUUGACCACUCAAGAUCAUUAGUUUUGCGACCUCUCAUCGAAUCUUUUUUUUUUUUGGUGGAGCUGUAUAUAUUACGUUCUAUCAAGUGAUCGACCAUUCGAUUAUAUUUAAGUGAAGCCUUAAUCUACGCAAACGUUGUUUGGGCUCGUUACGUGUUCCUCUCAAGCGAAUGACGGUUGUUGCGUGACGAGAAAAAAAAAGGUCAGAUCAAUUUAGGUCUCUGGGAAACUUCCCACCUACCCCUCCCCUAAGUCAUCAUUUUGCCCUAAGUUAGAAGUAAGUGUUAAUGCUAGCUUAUGGGAGGGGUAGGAAGGGCAGUUUCCCAGAAACCUAAAUUUAUCCAGAAAGUCUACAUGGGGUUUUAGCAUGAUUGAAUUUUGCUUGAUAAGGGGAAAUACAAUGUCGGGAAUAAGAAGAAAAUUUUGCAUUUAAUAAACUCUGUAAUAAUAAUAAUAAUAAUAAUAAUAAUAAUAAUAAUAAUAAUAAUAAUAAUAAUAAUAAUAAUAAUAAUAAUAAUAAUAAUAAUAAUGUGUUUUUAGGAGUUGCUUUAGCUGUGGCUGAUUUUAGUGGCGCGGUAAUGACUGCAUCUGCUAUCGACGACAACAGCACAAAGGAAUUAAAAGGGUGAGAGACUUUUUCGUAUAUUAAAUUGAUUUGUGUUAGACAUUCCAGAGUCUCCCCCACAAUCUUGUACCCAGAUUCCUCUUUGCCUCAGUAAUAAUACCACGAAAGAAGAAGAGCCAAAAGCAAGUUUAUGAUAAGGAAUACUUAUUCAAGAAACUAUUCUUUUUUCUCUUUCUUAAAGUCUUUCUCUUGUAACCGUGUCUCCUGGUCGUUUACGUUAUUUUGCAGAAACUUUGGCACCUUUUCAAGUUCACUUAAUGGUGUGAAGGUACGUCUUUAAUAGCUUGGUCCCCAGGUCUUAUUAUUACGAAGCUUGUGCGUUUCGGGUCACGUGGUCCGUUCGUCUCGGAUACGUCACCGAAAUGCAUUGACCGUGAAGGCCUGGAAAAAAGCCGCACAGGGUCGAGGCAAAGUAGAUCAGUCAACUUGAUUUCUUGUUCAUUGUUAUUUCCUCGUGAAGUUUCCUGAAUUUUGCAUUAAAACGUUUGGCGUUUUAUUUUUCCUUUGUUUUAGGAGUCAUUGGAUGUUAUGUCCACGAAUGAUGACAACACUUUAGGUUUUACCUUAGAACUUUAUUCAAGAUACAUGGAAGCGGCGAGGGUGGGUAACACAGCAGCAACAAUUUAUUGAAAUAAGAAAUAAUAGUCCAAAAAACUUGAGUGAAAUCUCAUGAAUAAAUGAGAUACUUUGUGACUUCUCUUGGCUCAAAACUCUCAGCAAUUGUUUUGAUCCCGUUUCCAACUAUAGGAGAUGCUUUUCCGACGAACCUACAAGAUGGUGGAAUUUGAGAAUGCUACAAAAGCACUGGAGAAAGCAAAACCA